AUGUCGCAAGCUGAAUUUGACAAAGCCGCUGAAGAAGUUAAGCAAUUAACGAAAAAACCAUCUGAUGAUGAAUUACUUCAACUUUAUGGUCUUUUCAAACAAGCAACUGUCGGUGACAACAACACCUCGAAACCAGGCAUGUUCGAUUUAAAGGAUGCUCAAAAGAAAUAUAUCGAUUUAGUAAAACAACUUCAAGCAAAACAAUAA